AGUCUGCACGUUUGUCUCUGUAAAACCAGAAAUCCCUUGCACGUUGUCCUCCUCCCCGGCUUUCCUGGGGAAAAGAAAAGAAAGGAUCAAAGGAGCGAUUCCUCUGCACCCUCUCCGACUCACCGAGCUCGUGAUCCCCCUCCCCACCGGACCCGGGGAAGCGGCGAGGCGUUUCCGCGCCAAACGAGCAGCAAAGCUCGCGCCCUUUUAAUUAUUUCCUCCUUCCUUCGCUUACAUAGCGGCGGGGGCUUGCUCCCACUGGCCCAUAGGUGCUGCUGCUCAGAUCUACCGCGGCGAAGGAGGGCAGACGGAGGUUCGAGAUGGAGCACACCGCCGUCGGCGAGGACCAGGCCAUGUCCGGAGAAUAACACGAUGAUUCACUGGAGUUCCUUUUCUGCUUCAUCAAUUAGAGCACCGGACCUUCGUGAAAAGCAUAGAAUGGAUCUGGAGAGGUUAACGCUGACAUCACAACCGUUCAAAACACUGGCAUUAUUUGUGUUAGCCAUUGGACAGAGUAUAAGAAGCACUUGUUCCUGUGUGCUGAAUGAAGGUGCUCGGUUGAAGCUCUUAGUUCUUUUUGUUGCUACUGCCUGGGUGCUGCUCCUGACCAAUGAUGGCCCACAUGUGAAGCAUAUGCAGGAGCUGCUAUGGUAUGCCAGAUUUGGAUUAUGGUGGGUCAUACUAGGGGUGGUUUCAUCCAUUGGGUUAGGUUCUGGCUUGCACACAUUUGUAUUGUAUCUAGGGCCUCAUAUCGCCCUUUUUACAAUGAAAGCAGUUCAGUGCGGACGUCUUGAUUUAAAGAGUGCUCCUUAUGACACUAUUCUCCUUAAAAGCAGGCCUUCAUGGUUGGAGAAAGAAUGUCUGGAUUUUGGACCCCCAGUAUAUCAUGAAACAAUCCCAUUUAGCAAAAUACUGCAUGAAAUUCAUCUUGAAGCUGUUCUUUGGGGCAUCGGAACUGCACUUGGCGAGCUUCCUCCAUAUUUUAUCGCUAGAGCAGCUAGCAUGUCAGGCCACAAAGUAGAAGAGUUGGCAGAAUUGGAUGCUUCAAUUUCAAAAGAAGGUUUUCUAUCAUCAGCUCUAUAUCGGGCCAAACGCUGGCUUAUGUCUCACUCGCAGCAUCUAAACUUCCCAACAAUACUGCUUCUUGCUUCGGUGCCAAACCCUCUCUUUGAUCUUGCUGGUAUUUUGUGUGGACAAUUUAACAUCCCAUUCUGGAAGUUCUUUCUGGCAACUUUAAUUGGAAAGGCUAUUAUUAAGGUUUAUAUGCAGACGACAUUGGUAAUUACUCUCUGCAACAACCAACUUCUUGAAUUGGUGGAGAAAAGGCUUGUAUGGGUAUUCAGCAAUGUUCCUGGAGUAUCAUCCAUCGUUCCCUAUUUAGUCACCAAGUUGAAGACAGCAAAGGAUAAGUUUUUAAUAGCCAGUGUUGCUGCAUCAGCUUCUAGUGCUGCGAAGGGAAGGAAGUGGAAUCUCUCAUUCUCUUUGAUCUGGAAUACCUUGGUAUGGCUCAUGAUCGUGAAUUUCAUUGUUCAGAUAAUCACUUCCACGGCACAGAGUUAUCUCAGGAAACAACAAGAACUAGAGAUCAGUAAGAAGUCGUCGGCAACAAUAGAUUCUGCUUCUGAACCUUCUGCUGGAGUAUCAAAUUAAUUAGCCAGUGCAUUUCAUUCGAUCUGAUCAGAGGAAUACAUUCAGUCUUUGUUCAUGCCAUCACUUUCUGCACAUGGUUGAUUUGGAAAUUCUAAAUCUGACAUCAUUCUCCAGGAAAUUACAUUUUUACACUGUACAUAACCCAUCCCAUCAAGCUAUGACUGGAAGACUAAGACCCCUGUAUUCUUGUGGAGCCGUAAUUACUGCUCAACUUUAGUUGAAAGCCACAAAAAAGAGAAGAGAGAAACAGGUUGACCACUGCUCUAGUGUAACGUGGGCCAUGUAUAUAGCAACCAAGAUAUUAUCAUCAAUUACACAGGAAGCAUUAUGUGUAUACCUCCCAUCUUGCUGGUUGAAUUUUGUCUCUGCAUUGGCAAUGAUUUUUUUUGUCGCGAUCUGCCAUUUGUGUUUGAUGGCUGCCUGAUGAGAAAUUUUAUGUUCCUGUCAAACUGUCAAUGCUCAGACACAUGCCAGAUGGCUAGUCGAUAAAA